AUGUCUUCUACUAUCGAACAAAACUUUGAAGAGUGCUAUUGUACCAAGUGCAUUAAAAAUUAUAAUGGAUACACCUUAGUAUCAAAGAGAACUGCCCAGCGUCAUGGCAAGAAAGCAUCUUUAAAAGAUGCUAUCAGAAGUGAACUUGCUUUUAUAUUAAACACAGAUGUGCAGAGACAUGUAAUGAACAUUGAUGCAGAGUCUAUUUUAGUCCAAGAAUCUGAAUCCGUAGAAGUUCUUGCGUGUCAGUCUGACUUACCCAUUUUGGAUAUCUCCCCUAUGUCAGUUGACUAUGACAUCGAUGUCGAUUUCAAUGACAUGGACUUUGAGUAUGAGAGCAAUGAGAAUGCCAAAGAUACUGUUGAUAUUGAUGUUGAAGAAGUCGACACUGAAUGUUCCUAUGAAAACAUGUUUUCAAACAGCAGUAUGCCUGAGAAUCCUGUACACAAAUUCAUUGCAACAUUCACUGUGCUAUUUGCAUCCUGCUACGUGGUCAACAAGGGCACAGUUGUCUUGAUUGAGUUCAUCAACAAGCUCUUGAAGAUUUACAAGCAGGACUUCCAGCUUCCCAUGAGUCUGCCUGGUCUUCAGCAUAUGACAGGAUUCUGUGAGCUCUCCAAGGGCAUAAGACGAUUUGUGACCUGCAAGAAUUGCCAUGCAAUUUACAAAGAAAGUCAAUCUGUUCCUCCUCACUACAUCUUUGCAAAGACAGGUGCUUGUGCAGCUUGUAACUGUGAAUUGACAAAGAAAUCUUCGUCUGGUGCUUUGGUUCCCAAGCGUAGUUUCCAUUACUAG